UGACACUCCCCCAGCAUUGCUUUCUUCGUUCCUCUGUGUGCUCCUUGUACAGCUCCCCGCACGGCUCUCUCUCUCUCGCUAACUCCAGUGCAAUUUCAUUUCCGUAGUCUGUUGUUUGCGGUUGGUCCUAUGGCGUCGCUCCGCUCGCUGCUGCUGGCUCUGGGCCUCAGCCUGCCCGUCACCAGCAGCCCCGGAGUGGUGCUCGUCCUGGCCGAUGACCUUGGAUACGGAGAUCUGGGUUGCUUCGGCCAUCCAAGCUCCCGAACUCCCAAUCUAGACCGGCUAGCAGCUUCGGGCAGGAGGUUCAGCGACUUUUACAGUGCGUCCAGCCUCUGCAGCCCAUCCCGCGCAGCCUUGCUCACGGGCCGUUACCCAACACGGUCCGGAAUUUUCCCAGGAGUUUUCUAUCCAGGGUCAAAGGGAGGACUUCCUCUGAAUGAAACUACGAUUGCGGAAUUGUUGAAGCAGCGGGGAUAUGUCACCGCAAUGGUGGGGAAGUGGCACUUGGGCUAUGGACUAAAUGGGAAAUAUCUACCCAUCCACCAGGGUUUCGAUGAAUUCUUGGGCGUUCCAUACUCCCAUGACCAGGGUCCCUGCCAGAACCUGACAUGUUUCCCACCGGAUAUUAAGUGUUAUGGAAAGUGUGACCAAGGUGUGGUCCUCUUGCCCUUGGUCAAGAAUGACAAGGUGAUCCAGCAGCCAAUCAGCUUUACCAAACUCACUCCAGCGUACAAUCGAUUUGCAAGAGACUUCAUUCUAAGAGCAACAAAACAGGGGAAACCAUUCUUCCUUUAUUAUGCAUCACAUCACACCCAUUAUCCACAGUUCGCAAGCGCAGACUUUACAAGACAAUCUAAGAGGGGUCCUCUUGGGGAUGCACUGAUGGAAUUUGAUGGUUCGGUGGGGCAUAUAAUGAAGACUUUACAUGAUGCCGGAGUGGAGAAUAACACAUUAAUCUUCAUCACCAGUGAUAAUGGCCCUGAGCUGAUGCGAAGAUCACGUGGUGGAAACGCAGGGCUGCUAAAGUGUGGCAAAGGCACCACAUAUGAAGGAGGAAUGAGGGAACCGGCAAUUGCCUACUGGCCUGGCCAGAUUACUCCAGGUGUGACCCACGAGGUGGCCAGUACCCUUGACGUCCUGCCAACAAUUGCCAGCCUCACAGGCGCAAAGCUUCCACAAGUCAAAAUAGAUGGAUACGACAUGAGUGAUAUCCUCUUCAAUAAUGGGAAGAGCAAACGGGACACCAUGUUUUACUAUCCAUUUGCCCCCAGCAAGAAGCUGGGAGUUUUUGCUGUACGCUAUGGGAAGUACAAGGCCCAUUAUUUCACUCAAGGUUCCACCCACAGUGACAGCACUCCUGACCGUGCCUGUCACUGGGACUCUUUACUCACCCAUCAUGACCCUCCACUGCUUUUUGACUUGGAAGCUGAUCCGUCUGAGAACUAUCCACUACACAGCUCUGACAUUCCCAAUUAUAACUGGAUCAUCGAUCAGAUACAUAAGAAAAAGUUGGUGUUUGAAAUGGGAAUGGAGUUUGGGGAAAGCCAAAUAGAUAAGGGAUUUGACCCAAAUCUUGAACCUUGCAUUAAACCUGGCUGCAGCCCCAGGCCUGCCUGUUGUGCAAUGAAUUAAAAUGGAAGAAGGAAAGGAGACAAAACGUAAUCUAACACCACUUUAAAAAACUAAUAACUAUUCUCAACAAGGGCUUCUGGGACAGUGCUGACUUGGAGAAGAGAGAAGGGUCGGAUUAUGUAACAUUAGCAUUCUCUUGGUAGUUGGAAUCCAAGGUCAGAACCUUUUUACCUGGGUGGAAAUGUCAAAGAUUAUAUGGCAUAGCUUUGAGGUGAGCAGGGCAAAGUUCAAAUUAGAUGUGCAGGGCACUUUUUUAUACAGAUGAUGGCGUGUGCCUAGAAUGCGCUGCCGGGGAUGGUGGUAGCCUAAUUAUCGGCCAGAUACACAAGGAAAAGUUGUUGUUUGAACUGGGAAUGAAUUUUCAGGAAGGCUAAAUUGAGAUGGUAGUUGACCCAAAUCUUGAACCUUGCACUAAGCCUGGCUGCAGCCCCUAGCCUGCCUGCAGUGUAAUGAAUUAGAAUGAAAGAAGGAAAGGAGAGCAGAUAUGAUGGUGAAAUUUGAGAUGUUUUUAGAUGGGCACAUGGAUUUACUGGGAAUGGAGGGAUAUUAUUGAGGAGAAAUCAACACACGUGGCUGUGGUAGUGAAUCUGGGUUAAAAUGUGGCAGCAGAGCCGGUGCACAGGAGAAAUCAGAGGGGACGCAGCGAGAAAUGAUGUUGCUGAACUGUCAGAGAGAGGAGGGGAACUUCUUCAAAGUGAGCAUACCUUGAGGAGAAAUCUAAUCAUAUAUUUAUCCCGUGCAGGCCAGGCACGUGCCGUGAAAAAUUACUCAGGGUAGGCAGUCAGUCGGCUUUUUAAAAAAAAAUUAAACCGCGCGUGCGCAGAUUGUUCUCUCCGUAAAAAUAAAAAAUAAAA